AUGCACUCAUGUCCGCACGCAUGUCUGCACGAGGCAGCGUUAUACGGCAACACGCAACGCCUAACGGAGCUCAUUCUCGACGGAGCCGACAUUUCACAGACAUCGGGGCCUGGUCAAUUCCAAGUGAUUCACUUCACCGGACGGCCGGAGAGCGAAGCAGCCCUGAAAGCCCUGCUCGAUGCCGGAGCCGACGCUUCUGCAUCCUCCUACGACGAGACCACGCCUCUCCAUCUCGCGGCUGCCGAAGGUGGGGUUGAGCAGGUGCGGAUGCUCAUCGAGGCCGGCGCCAACGUCAACGCCCGCACCUAUGACGCCGAGAUCCCGUUGCAUAACGCGGCUAGGGCUGGAGACGAGGAGAUUGCGAAGCUGCUCAUCGCUGCUGGUGCGGAUAUUGCUGCUAGAGACUGCUAUGGCCAGUCGCCGUUGCAUCAUUCUGUUAGCCGCGGGCACCUCGGUGUGGUUCAGGUGCUUCUCGACGCAGGCGCCGACAUGAGCGCUCUCAAUAACAACGGAGACACGGCCGCUCUUCAAUCCCUCUCCGGUGCGCCGGCCUCGGUCAAACUUUUCAUAGAAAAGGGCGUCGACGUUUCUACCAAAGGUCAGAGCGGCGACACCCUGCUGCAUCGAGCGGCUGCGAGCUCGGCGGAGCUGAUAGGACUCUUGCUCGAGGCCGGCGCGGACCUCGAGGCGACUGAUGAUGAAGGAAAAACUCCGUUACACGCUGCAGCUGCGUGGGGCGAUGCCGAGUUUGUUCGGAUUCUGCUUGCGGCCGGGGCUGAUCUCAGUGCGACGACGAACGACGAACGACGGCGAGACUUGCGCUGCAUCUGA